UGACCUUGGUGGUACGCGCCGGGAAUCAGGGGUGCUGGUCAGCGGAACGAGUCUGCCAGUAUAAGCCUGCGGUGCGUCACCUCUUUAGGCAUGGUGGUUACCCGCAGCCAGGGUGAAGCUGCAGAAGUGGAGGACCGGAGCCAGGAGACAGAGCGUGUGCGGCAAGAACGAAUGCGGCGGCUGGUGCUGGACCCGCUGGCAUCGCCGUCUGACGCACGCUUGACGUCAGCCACAGACACAAUGGAGAUCCCGCCGCAACCGCGACGGCAUUCGCCAGCGAGAUCCGCUAGAUCGGUGCGGUCAUCGGCGAGUACGGCGCGGCGGAUUAAGGCGGCGGAAUUAGAAGCGGCAGAGCGACUCGCCGCUAUCCAGAAAAAAGAACUACAAAUCGAGAAAGAACUAAUAAAUAAACGCUUACAGUUCGAGGUGUCCGCCAUACAGGAAGACGAGGGCCUGCCGGAAGAUACCGUCACCGCGACAGAAGAACGAAACAAGGUGGACGAGUGGCUCCAGUCACAUCCUGUGCCGAAGGAUGACAGACACCAGCGUUUGGAACUAAGAAGAGGAAGAUCGCCGACGCCGACCAGAAGAACAGGAAUAGAGCAGCUGGCGGCGUCCCUAGAGAAGAUGGCGCGACCGCGCCUAUGCCACGCGGACCUUCCGAUAUUUUCAGGUGCGAUUGAAGAGUGGCUGCCGUUCCGAGCAGCCUACCGGGACACAAGCAGCAUGUACCAAGUGUCCGACGCAGAAAACAUCCAGCGGCUGCGUACCUGCCUGAAGGGGGAAGCAAGGGACGCCGUGGCAGCGCUGCUUCACACUGCUUCAUCACCUGAAGCAGUCAUGAAAACUUUGGAGCAGUGCUUCGGGAGGCCCGAGAUAAUAAUCGACAGGGCCAUGGAAGACCUAAGGAAGCUGCCGCGACCUGGAGCAGCGGCCAAGGACAUAAACUGCUUCGCGGUAAAAGUGCAAAACGUGGAAGGCACAGCGGAUCCAGAGAUCGUGGUGCUGUCCCGCUUCCUCAUGAGAGAGGCGGACCAGGCGCUUCGCUACACCUACGCGCCGACGAGCAGCACUGCACCAGCGCGCAGAGACGCCGCAGCAGCAGCAGCAGCAGCAGCAGCAGCGCGACCUGCUCCACCGAAAAGGAAGUCUGCAGUAUACACCAUGGUCUCUGGUGAAGAUGAAGAAGAGAAGAAAGAAGAGAAGAAAGAAGAGAAGAAAGAAGACUUCUGCCUGUGCUGCGGGCGCGACCACGCUAUGGUUGCCUGCCCGCGCUACGCCAAGCUGUCGGUGGAUGAGCGGUGGGCGCUGGUGAGGGAAAAGGGCGCCUGCUUCAAGUGCGCCACGAAGAGACAUCGGCGCAGCUAUUGUCGAGCGAAACCAUGCGGCGUGAACCAGUGCCGCCGCCCGCAUCAUUCAUCACUGCACGACGUAAGAAGAGAAGAGCCUGCUGCGUCGACCGAAGAAACCGUCAUGGCGGUUGCUGACCGCGCAACCGCACCGCCCCGCGCCGUCCUGCUGAAGAUGUGUCCAGUCACCGUCGUCGGCCCACGGGGGGAGGUAUCGACGCACGCACUGCUCGAUGAGGGCUCCACCAUCACCCUCAUUGAUGAGGACCUGGCGCAACAGAUCGGCGCCGAAGGUCCCACCACGCCGCUCCGCAUCCACGGGGCGAACAUGGAGCAGAUUGAAGAAGGAAGUCGGCUGGUGACGGUGCAGCUGCGGGGGCAGAGCGACGGGACACUACACGACCUGCGCGCCCGCACGAUGAAGAAGCUGCAGUUGCAUCAGCAGUCCAUCCCGGGAUCCCUGCUUCGGUACAGACAUCUGCGCGACAUACCGGAACGUGAGGUAUGUUACGAACAAGCACGCGCGGGUGUCCUGGUGGGUACCGACCACUGGGAGCAUAUCGUGACCAGAGAACUUCGGACGGGCGGCGCCGACGAACCUGCCGCCUCCAAGACAAGUCUCGGCUGGGUGAUACAUGGAACAACGCCGCGUCGAAUGAUCGUCGAGAGAGACCGCGUGCUUCACGUCCGAGAACAACAAGCGGACCAACGGCUGCACGACCUGGUGGCAGAGCACUUCAAGAUCGAAUCAUUGAACAUAGCCAGCAGACCGCGCAUCAGCGACGCCGAUCGACGAGCGACAUCCAUCGUCGAGACGACUACGAAGAAGACGCCGGGCGGGUACGAGAUCGGCCUGCCGUGGAAGAGGGAUAACGUCCGCAUGCCACCGAGCUACAAUGCCGCGCUGCGGAGACUUCUGAAGAUUGAAGCAAAAAUGGACGCCGCGCCGGAAUUCGCAGCCGAGUACACCAAGCAGAUGAACAACUUAUUCGAGAAAAGGUAUGCGGUUCCGUGCGAUGGCAGUGAAGGCGAGAGCAGCGUGUGCUGGUACCUGCCGCAUUUCGCUGUGACCAAUCCCAACAAACCAGGGAAGCAGCGAUUGGUUUUUGAUGCGGCAGCCAAAAGCCACGGGACUUGUUUAAAUGAUGAACUACUUGAGGGCCCAGACUUGCUACUAUCACUGCCAGGUAUAUUAUUUCGAUUCAGGGAAAAGGCAGUGGCAGUCACAGCAGAUAUAGAGGAGAUGUUCUUACAAGUGAAAAUAAGACCCGAAGACCAGCCAGCGCAGCAGUUUUUAUGGAGGGGAAGCCGACGCGACACGCCGCCACAGCACUAUAAGAUGACGUCCAUGAUAUUCGGCGCAGCGAGCUCUCCAUUUAUGGCGCAUUACAUCCGUAAUCAUAAUGCGCAGCAGCACGCAGAACAAUAUCCAAUGGCGCUGGAAGCAAUAACGAAGAGCCACUACAUGGACGAUCUGGUGGUAAGCUACGCCGACGCAGAGGAAGCCAGACAAGCAAUCGAAGAAAUACGGACAGUGCACGCGGCGGCAGGCUUCAAGCUACGAGGAUGGAACGCCAGCGACAGGAGCGUGCUGAGGGACGUGCCACGAGAACUACACGCCAGCACACCAACGCAGCUGGGAGGAGCGCAGCCAGCCCCGAAGAUCCUCGGGCUUAUUUGGGACGCCGAGCAAGACGCGCUAGGAUUCAACACAGCAAUGAACAGGGUACCGGUGGAGGUGCGAGAUCGCAAGCGCCCGCCAACCAAGCGCGAAGCAUUAAGUGCGGUAAUGUCAAUUUAUGACCCACUAGGCCUCUUAAGUUAUUUCACCAUCCGUGCUAAAAUCAUAUUGCAGAGCCUGUGGCGCCUCCAGAUUUCGUGGGACGAGCCGAUACCUGAAGAAGAGGGCGAGCAGUUUGCGGGCUGGCAGUCGCAACUGGAAGCAGUCGGCGCGCUACGUUUGCCGCGAUGCUACGCAACGGACAACGUCGAAGACAUCGAGCUGCACGUGCUAUGCGACGCCAGUGAACAAGCGUAUGCAGCCGUGGCGUACUGGCGUAUGCGGCGAACGGACGGCAGCGUGCAAGUGAAACUCGUCUCGGCGAAAGCGAAGGUGGCACCACGACGCGCGCAGACGAUCCCGCGCCUAGAACUACAAGCGGCGGUGAUCGGCGCAAGACUCGCUGAUCAGAUAAGAAGAGAGCACAGGUAUGACAUAUCUCGUACUUGGUUUUGGACAGACUCAUCGACGGUGGUGCACUGGGUGCGCAACGAUGCAAAGAGAUACACGCCGUUCGUCGCGCAUCGCCUCGGUGAGAUUGGAGAACUAACACAAAGGGAAGAGUGGCGGUGGCUGCCGACUCAUGAAAACGUUGCCGACGACGCCACCCGCCUAAGUUUCACCUUGAGACAUGAUCGAUGGUUCCAGGGUCCAGAAUUCCUGACAAAGACGGAGGACCAGUGGCCCACGGAAAAGGAACUUCGAGAAACUACGGACGAGGCUGAUGUACUGCAUGUAAGCGAGCUUCCACGGAAGAUGGAAUGGCUGCCGGAUCCAGAGCGCUUCUCCAAAUUCCGCACACUGGUAGGAGCAACAGCAAGGGUGCUCGCAUUCAUUGACAUACGCAUCAAGCACACGGCGACGAGACUAGUAUGUCGCCACCUGGAACAAGCCGAACGACUGUUGGUGCAGCGCGCACAGAACGACAGCUUUGGGGAAGACAUAAAGCGAAUCAAGGACGCGCGCCCCAUCAGCAGAUCCAGUAGACUGUACAAAUUGGACCCGGUAAUGGAAGACGGCGUGCUGAGAGUAAGGGGUCGCAUAAACGCAGCCACAGCACCCGACACGGUAAAGAAGCCGGUGAUCCUCGACGGCCGGCACAGAAUAACCAGACUAAUAGUGUUACAGGAACAUUGUGCCGCCGGACACGCCAACCGCGAGCGUGUCACCAACGACCUGAGGCAGCGCUACUGGGUCAUCCACCUGCGGCCCACAGUGCGCGCCGUAGAGAAGAACUGCGCGCUGUGCCGAGUACGCCGAGCGAUGCCGCAGGUCCCAGCCAAAGGGGACUUGCCACGCGCUUGCCUCGACCCGUUCCACCGACGGACCUGGCGCGCCAGCCAGGCGCUCGCCGACCACUUUGGCGCCGAUGGAUCAAGGAGUACCUACCGACGCUCGUGCCACGGGGGGAGGCGCGAAAGGACACGCGACGCCUCGAGGAAGGUGACGUGGUCAUCAUCGUGGACCACGUCUUGCCGCGCAACACAUGGCCCAUGGGGGUCGUGGUGCGCGUUCACGCCGGGCCGGACGACGCUGUGCGGGUAGCCGAAGUGAAGACCAAGAGCGGGAUCUUCAGACGCCCCGUCAGCAAGCUCGUCGUGAUGAAGGAGGCUACGCAAGCUACGCCGGGGGGAGGACUGUAAAGGACGAGCACACUAUCAAGGUCAAGCGCAGGCGACAACGGGGCUCCCCACACAGCGACGCCACGUGUAUGGAGCGGAGUUUCAACGCUACACGUGGAAGAAGAGGCGCACCGCGGUUUUGACGAGGCGCACCGCGGUUUCGACUAUAGCGUUCUACACACUACGCCACGUGUAUUGCGUCUACACGUGGAGGAGGCGUGGCCUAGGCGGCACAUGCAAGACAGCCGCCGCGGCUUUGAGCCGCCGCCGCCGCUUUGUGACUCGCCGCCGGGCGAUGGCUUUGUGGCUCGCCGCAUCGCUUUGUAUCCCGCCGCCAGCAGCGCAUAUAAAUAGCGAACAUUUUGGAACUAAAGUCAGUUGCAGCAAGUCCUUCUUCAAGACUAGUAGGGAAGAAGUAAUAGUGAAUAAGUAAUAGUGAAUAUGUAAUAGUGAUUAAGUAUAAAUUGUAAUAGUGUACAUAAGGGUCGAUAAUAUAUGUAUGUCGAAGGAAGGGUGUUUUCUUGAA